AUGAUGAUGAUGAUGAUGCUGAAGAUGAGAUCACCUGUGAUGAUGAUGAUGGAGCAUAACCAGUGUCUCUCUGGCCCAGGAUCUGCUGCUGCAGUUCUGAUGUCAGUCAGUGGGAUGGAGAAGCUCAUGAAUGCCGGUUUCUUUAAGAGCGAAAAUGUCACAGAGAUAUAUUCUGACAUCAUCACCGCCACACUGCCUAAGACGAAACACAAGGAGCUCCCUGAGCCUGUCAACUUCACUGUGUACCACAAGAAGGUACAGAACUGGGCUGGCCUGGUUACCUGUGUGUACUGGCAGGAACAGGGGGAGGAGACUCACUGGUCAGUGGAUGGGUGCACAGCCUCCUUCUCCAAUGAGAACUACACAGUAUGCAGCUGUACCCACCUCUCCACCUUUGCCAUCCUGCUGCAGACGGAAGAACAGGAAGAAGACAGUUCUCUGCUGGAGGCGGUGAACCUGUUCUGUAUGUGUGUGGGUCUGGCCUUCCUCGCCCUCGCCAUUCUCACAUUCCUGCUGUGCACAUGGAACCCUAAAAUCAACAACACCGCCCGCCUCCACCUCUGUAUCUGCCUCUUCUUGGGUCACCUGCUCUUCCUUGUGGGUGUGUCUCGCUCUGAGAAUGCGGUGGUGUGUGCAGUCAUUGCAGGCACGCUGCACUUCCUCUUCCUGUCCGGCUUUGUGUGGAUGCUGCUGGAGACUCUGCAGCUCUUCCUGCUGGUCAGGAGCCUGUCCAAAGUGCAGGUCAUCCAGAAGGAGGGGCUGAGGGCACUGUACCUCCUGCUGAUUGGCUAUGGAGCUCCCCUGGUGGUGGUGGGAGUGUCUGCAGCGGUGUUUUCAGACGGCUAUGGCAGCAAAGACUCGUGCUGGUUGUCAACAGAUCGAAACUUCCGCUGGAGUUUUAUCGGUCCAGUGUGUGCCAUAAUUUCACUCAACUGCAUCUCAUUUUGUGUGAUCCUCUGGACCCUGCAGCCUACUCUAGCCAACAUGAAGAGCGACGUCUCCCAGUCGAGAGACACCAGGCUUAUUGUCUUCAAAAUUGUUGCUCAGUUUCUAAUUUUGGGGUGCACCUGGAUCCUGGGAUUCUUCCAGAGCAGCACUAUGUUAAAAUACCUCUUCAUCAUUCUCAACUCACAGCAGGGCACCUUCAUCUUCAUCGUUCACUGUCUGCUCAACAAAGAGGUGCGAGAGGAGUACAAGAGGUGGUUCUCAUGUCUGUUUAGAAGAAAGGAGCCAUCAGGAAGCAGGGGUUCCCCUAACAGCGUAGCUACUGUUCAAAAAUGA